AUGACAUUCGCGCAAUUCCCCCAACUCCCCCCCGAGCUCCGCCACUACAUCUGGCACCUCACCCUCCCCGACCAAGUCCGGCCAGGAGUGCUAUUUCCGUACAACGAAGGUGAGUUCGGCCAUGACGAUUACCUUUCCGCGCGCAUGGACCCAGUAAGCGCACCACUGCCCCAUCUGUUGGUCAACAAGGAGGCAAAUGGCACGGCGCGCUCGUGGGCCCGCAAACUCGGCCUCAAGAUCCGCCCAGACAUCGGGACCGGGUCGCACGUCGUCACCCACCACUUCGACCCGGACCAUGACACCCUCUACCUCCACGCGACGCAACUCGCCCGCUUUUGCAUCGACUCGCUCGACCGACGGGUGGAGCAGCUGCCCAGAGAGCGGAUGUUUAUCCGCGACGACAGGGAGGGCCACCCCCGCAUCGCCAUAUCCAGCAUGUCGCUUCACUUGGAGCCCCGCGCGCUGGAGAGGAUCUGGUGGUGCUUUCCGCGGCUGGAGCGGGUCUACAUCGUUCUCAAUCCGCCGGAUCUGAAAUCUGCGGAGGAUGGAUGGGAGAUUCUGCCGGAGGGGAGGUACCUCGCGUAUAGGGCGGAAUGCGCGGGAUUUGAGUGGAGUGGGGAGGGGGAAGGCGAGUGGCUCUGUGGGGAGAUCCUCUAUGGCCGGGUGGAGGAGGCGGCCAGGAAGCUUACCGGCUCGUUGGUCGCUGCGGAGGUCCAGCGGUUUGAGAUUCGACCUGUCUCGGUCGCCAAGCGGCGAAAGGGGUUGUCGGAGGUUGCAAGGUAA